AUGGACGUAGCUGCUUUAAAGGAAUUGCUUAAACAACAACAAGAGUCUACAAAUAAAAUGCUGGAGGAUCAGCGAGCAUUCUUCAAACAAAUUUUAUUACAACAGACUGCAGAUGGACAGAGUGUUAAUGUGCCUGCAUUUCAUGCUUUUAAUAAGCAGUUGCGUAAGUGGGAGACAUAUCUGGAGCAACUACAUCAACAUUUUUCGGCUUAUCCCGUAAAAAAGGAGAGAUUCAAGUCAUUUUUUCUGACCUGGGUAGUCACAGAAACAUAUGAUAUAUUACGCAGCAAUUUUAGUGGUAGUGAAAUGAAAAGCAAUACAUUCGAAGACUUGACGCAAUUCUUAACCGAAGUCUUUCAAUCUAAAACACAUGUAGUUGCUGCCAGACAUGAGUUCCACAAAACAACAAUGUCUACAAGCCAGACUUACAGAGAAUGGAUAACGGAUUUACGAAAAAUCGCUUGUGAGUGCAAAUUUAUUUGCAGUGCGCCAAAAUGUGGACAUGAUUAUACAGAAGAAAUGAUACGAGACAAAAUGUUGUACACUCCACAUGAUGUUGUUCGUGUAAAUGCACUGCAAAAAUCUAAUCCACCACUCUCUGAGGUGAUGCUCAUUGCUGAAGCUUUUGAAGCGACGGAGAAAACAAUUAACAAAAUUAAAGAUAAAGUAAUCAACGAAGGAGAAGUAAACGUUGUCAAAACUAAAGUAAUGAAUAAAACCAACAAAUAUAGCGAAAAGCAAAAAGCUCAACAAAAAAUCAUGCCAAAAUCAUGCUCUGGUUGUGGAUCUUCACAUAGGCGACAAAAUUAUUCGGUUUUGAGUGUUAAUAAUUUACCGCAUCAAGAAAAUAAAAAAGUUUUUAUUGACGUUUUAAUAGAUAAUACUCAAAUAAAAUUGGAUUCAGGAGCAACUGUUUCGGUGUUGACACUAGAUGCUUAUGAACAAUUAAAUAAACCAAAGUUGUGUCCAUGUAGAAAAGAAUUAUUUGAUUACGGCAAGAACCGAGUAAAGACACUUGGAGAGUUUAGUGCAGAACUAAAGUGUGGUGAAACAAAGAAAACAGCAACUUUAGUGGUAGUAUGCAUUCGUAAUGGACAUAAUUUAUUUGGCACUGACCUUUUUGAAAAAUUUAGAUUUGAAAUUCGCCAAAUUGCCUCUGUAAGCAAUGAUUCACAAUUAACGGAAUUAUUAAUGAGAAAUAAAAUUGUUUUUGAACCUGGUUUAGGUACAAUUAAGCAGGUUAAAGCAAAAAUACAUUUAAAAUUAGACGCCGUGCCUAAAUUUUGUAAAAGUCGACCUAUUCCAUUCGCUCAAAUAAAUCAAUUUAAAAUAGAAGCGCAACGCUUGACUGAUAGUGGUAUUUGGAAACCAAUAAAAUUUAGUGAGUGGGCUUCGCCAAUUGUAUUGGUCACAAAACCAGAUGGCUCUCUUCGCAUUUGCGGCGAUUUCAAAACAACAGUGAACAAACAAAUCGAUGUCGAUCAAUAUCCAUUACCAACGCGAGAAAGCUUACUUCAUAUUGUCCGAUAUGGAAAAUAUUUUUCUAAAAUCGACCUGAAGGAUGCCUUCCUGCAAAUGGAGUUGGACGAAGAGGCAAAAAAGGUUUUAGUAGUCAAUACACCACUAGGGCUUUUCCAAUAUCAGCGGCUUCCUUAUGGAAUUGCCAGCGCGCCUGCUAUAUUUCAAAAACAUUUAGAGCAACUUAUACUAGGUGUAGAAGGAUGUGGUAAUUAUAUUGAUGAUAUAAUCAUCGCGGCUGAAACGGUGGACCUACAUCGUCAACGCUUAGAAAAAAUUUUGCCAAUUUUGAUUGAGAACGGUAGAACAAUUAGUGCAAAUGGUAUUUUACCUGAUGAAAAAGGUGUUCAGGCUGUAAAAAAGUUGCCACGCCCAACAAACAUUAAAGAAGUCGAAGCAUUUCUGGGUAAAGUGAAUUAUUACCAUAACUUUAUUCCAAAUUUUUCGCAAUUGGCCGCGCCUAUCAAUCAUUUACGUCGGAAGAACAUCAAAUUUGUUUGGGGCACUAAGCAGGAACAAGCAUUUGAAGCUUUAAAACGACACAUAAUAGACGCAACCGAAUUCUCACAUUUUCAAGAACAUCUACCAUUAGUCUUAGCUACUGACGCCUCAUCAUAUGGAAUUGGAGCUGUCCUUGCUUAUCGAAAUCCAGACGGCACAGAGCGCCCUAUUGCUUUCGCAUCAAAAACGCUCAACAUUCAUCAAGUUCGAUACAGCCAAAUCGAAAAAGAGGCACUUUCGAUAAUAUUUGGAGUUACUCGUUUCCAUCAGUACUUAUUUGGUCAUAAGUUUAUUCUGGUUACGGACCAUAAACCUUUAGUAAGCAUCUUCAGUCCAAACAAAAAUUUGCCAUCAAUGUCUACACAUCGGUUGCAACGUUAG